AUGGAGCUGUAUGCAACAGCUGCUCCUUCCUCCCUUCAACUCUCCACCAGCCAUGAAGAGGAUUCAGACUCUGCUGCAUUUUAUCACAGAGAAGAAGAAUCAGACGAGUCGUCUGAGAGCCUCUCGUUUGGCUGCACUGCCCAGAAAACUCUUCAUUCUCCUCCUUUAAAACAGCCUCACUUCCAGCUUCCAGCCCAAAAAGACACAGAUGAAGGAGGCCCCAGCUUUACUAUCUCUGGCUCCACUGUCAGUAUCCCCACCUGCUCUCAGUCCGUAGCUCCAACUGUUUCUCUUCCUCCAGAUCCACAAGACAGACCCCCAGUCAUCCAGGACUCAACAGUCGACACUGAAGGAAGCAGAACACAAGAUGUGUUGGAUCUUGUGUCUGAAAGUGAGCCAGGAGGUGACAGAGAGUCUCUGGUGGAAAUGGAAGUGAACUACUCCGUCACAAACACCACGCCAGCUUCUCUCCACCAAACCUCCUCAGAUCCUGGUUGGAGCAGAAGAAACUCCAGCUGCCUGUCUCGCUCUCACAGCACGCCUUCACUCAGUGACAUCACCUCUGCAGAGAACAAGACCUUUAGACGAGCUGGAAGCCUGCCUGACGUGCUGCUGAACACCAGCUGUGAGGAGUUUACACCUGAUAUCACUGCUGAUGAAGACCAUGAAAGCUACAGGUUCCAGAGCUCCUGCCCAGGCCUGUACCAGUGCAGUGUGACAGGCCUGGUGUUUCACAUGCAGGGAGAAGGGGACGUGGUUUACAGGACUGUCCCUUGGAACAGGAGGCUCCUGGCCCAGCAUCACAAGAAGCCUGCAGGACCCCUGUUUGACAUCACAUGUGUGCAGCAGUCUGUGUGUCAGCUUCAUCUCCCACACUGUGAGAUCCGCUCCACAGGCGGAUGUGAUUUCUUGUCAGUGGCUCAUGUGAACGAUGAGGGCGUCGAGUUUAUCGGUCCUCAUAAGAUAACAGAAACUCAUGUUAUUAUAAACAUCACAGGGUUUUCUGCUUUCGGUAAUGUGAAGGAUGAAGACUCACCACCUGAGCCGGUCCGAGCGCUGGUUCUGCUGUUCUACAGGCCUCCAGCUGAUCCGGAUCUUGAAUCCCUCCUCAAUGUGUUGUUGCUCCCGAGGAACGUCGUGCUCCAGGAUGUUCUGCGGACCAGGAAGAAGUUAGUUGGAGACGAGAGCUACAUGGAGACAUCCCCACACUGUAAACUGCUCCCAAAGCAGGAAUACACUCUGUCCACUUGUCCUGAAGACGACUCAGUUCUGGUCCAACCAACAGAAGCAGAGUUUGACUCUGACAACUACGACAACUACUUCCCAUCAUUCCAGGUGAACUGGGAAACAGUGCUGAAACAUAUGAAGCUGUGUUUGAGAGAGACCAACAGCUCUCACAGUGUCUGGGAAAGACGAGUCUGCCUUUCCUCCACUGGAGUAAGAAGGUGGUGUGGACCGAGCGCUCUGAAUCUCCCUCCUACUGAGAGGCUGUUGGAGAUACGGAGCCGCUUCAUCGAUGGGAUAUCAGGACCUGUUCUCAAAAGUCUGCUGGACAAACUGCUGGAGAAAAAGGUGAUGGCUGAUUCUGAGAGGGAGUCUGCAGACGUGAUGCAAAACAAAAGAGACAAAGCUCGUUUUGUUGUCGACACAGUGAGGAAGAAAGGUGAAGCUGCUAGUUCAGAGAUGAUUGAGUUCCUCUGUGAGGCCGACCCCUUCCUCUGUGAACAUCUGGGGCUGAUCUGAAGCUAAAUGAACAGGGAUGCAGGCAGGACUUUGAUCAACCUGUCCCCAAAUGCCCAGUUAGUUCAUCAACGUGUGUUUGUGUCCCAUCAAAUGUUAUGAAGUGUUUAGAGCAGAUAUGAAUGAUCAGAGCUGGAGAGUGUAAAAAGUGCAGCUGAUGAGAGUUUCCUGUUGAUGAUGCUGUGUGAACUGGUUCAUGUGGUUUCGGGGAAUUUCCCUCGUGUGUUUUUACAGACUGAAGGUGAGAGGAACCUUUGGUUAACAUGAGUUCCUGUUAACAGCUGAUGCUUCUCAUUUCACAGUAAACUAGCAGAUUAAUGUCGCUAACUGUUGUUCACAAAUCAGUCGUUGGAGUUUGUUCAGUUUUCAUGGAAAUGUCCAGUUUUCUGAGUCACUGGCAUGGCUGACUAGUCAGCAUUUAAUUUGGUUUUAAAUGUUAAAAUGUUAAUUUAAAAAAAUCUAUUUUCAUGUGAAGAAAUUACCUAAUAAUCUGGAGUAGU